UCUGGCCGCAAUGCUUUCUGGGAGGGAUCUUACAGACACAGCCUAGUCUUUCCAGUUCAUGCAGGGACUGAGCAAAGAGACAGUAGACAUAUUGCUGGGAGCUGUACUUUUGAUAGGACACAGCCAGGAUGUCUAGCAGAGGUGGUAAAAAGAAGACCACAAAGACCUCCCGGUCUGCAAAGGCAGGGGUCAUAUUCCCAGUUGGAAGAAUGCUACGUUACAUUAAGAAAGGACAUCCCAAGUACCGGAUUGGAGUUGGGGCACCGGUGUACAUGGCUGCGGUGCUAGAAUAUCUGACAGCGGAGAUCCUGGAGCUGGCCGGAAAUGCUGCAAGAGAUAAUAAAAAGGGCAGAGUAACGCCCAGACACAUCCUGCUCGCAGUGGCCAAUGAUGAGGAACUGAAUCAGCUGCUGAAAGGUGUCACCAUUGCAAGUGGCGGUGUGUUACCAAAUAUCCACCCUGAGCUGCUGGCGAAGAAACGCGGAUCCAAGGGGAAGCUGGAGGCUAUAAUCACACCGCCAACAGCCAAAAAGAACAAAACUACCUCACAAAAAAAAUCCACUUCUAAGAAACCGGGUGCCAAAAAGGGGGUGAGGAAAUCCAAGAAGAAACAGGGAGAAGUGAGUAAGGCAGCAAGUGCUGACAGCACAACGGAAGGCACACCGGCCGAUGGAUUCACCGUACUGUCCACCAAAAGUCUUUUCCUUGGACAGAAGCUGAAUCUUAUUCACAGCGAAAUCAGUAAUUUGGCCGGAUUUGAGGUGGAGGCUGUUAUCAACCCUACUAAUGCUGACAUUGACCUUAAAGACGAUAUAGGCAAUGCCUUAGAGAAGAAAGGUGGGAAAGAGUUCAUCGAGGCGGUUAUUGAGCUGAAGAAAAAGAAUGGCCCAUUAGAUGUAGCUGGAGCCGCAGUGAGUUCGGGCCAUGGAUUGCCAGCAAAGUUUGUCAUUCACUGCAACAGCCCCAGCUGGGGUUCUGACAAGUGUGAAGAACUGCUGGAGAAGACGGUAAAGAACUGCCUGGCUCUGGCCGAUGAGAAGAAAAUCAAAUCCAUUGCUUUCCCUUCGAUCGGCAGUGGAAGGAACGGUUUCCCGAAGCAAACUGCUGCCCAGCUAAUUCUGAGAGCUAUUUCCAACUAUUUUGUAUCCACGAUGUCCUCUUCAAUCAAAACUGUUUACUUUGUGCUUUUUGACAGUGAAAGCAUAGGCAUCUACGUGCAGGAAAUGGCCAAGCUGGAUACCAACUGAGCCUCUCCGUCUAACAGACCCCUCCCAGAGUCCCACCCAACAGUUCCUGUAGCUAAAAACACAACCUUUAGCUUUUAUUGCAAGACUGCAGCAUGAUUUGAAAAACAUGCUCAUUUGGGAAGGCGAGGAUUCCACUUGACCUUUUUAAAAUAUUUUAAGUGGGCACCGUUAGCUGCCAUGUCUCCUGUUCAUGCACUAUAUCCGAGGCAUUGUCCAAACGUAGUUCAUUUAGAAGACUUUUAUAGUUUUAUUUUAAUGAGGAAUGAAAUUAUACAGAUUGUACUUGGAAGUUUAUUGUUUGCUUUUUUUUUGUUUUUUUGUAUGUGGAUGAGACAAAGAACUAUUUUGUAAAUGUGUUGUGGUGCUUUUAUUGUAUAUUAUGUGGCGUUAUAUAUUUUCUCCUCUCUGUAAAAAUGAUCUCUACGUUGUGUGGACCUGAUGUCUUAUAAUCCCAGAUUUAAACACAAUGUUGUCUAUAAUGAACUUUGCAGUUUGACUUGAAUAUGUUCUUUUUAUUAAAGCAGAGUGCUUGAUCAA